CGCUUCCAUCGCCCCCGCUCGGUUCCUCCUCCCGAGCUUUUCUCCUCCUCCUUCUUCUUCUUCUUCUUGUUCGCCUCUCUCUUCGGGCGUCUGAUGCCGUCGGCUCGAGUCGUCGCUGAUCGUGUCCGGUUCUGGUUCGGCGCUUGAGCUAGAGCCAGUUCAGUACAUGGAGAGGAUCUCGGACUCUGACAGUGUGUUGCUCGGGAUUUCUUAAUUGGUGACGGUGUACUGUAACCAUUCGGAGAAAUGGAUUAUCCAUCAGAGAAAUUCGUAAGACAUUUUUCCAGGUUUCAGCCCCAUAGUUCUGAUAAAGCUAAUGAAAGGAGAUAUGGUGGAAAUAUAGGAUUACGGACAGGGAAAUUUAGAAAUGUCCUAAGUUCUGCCUCAGAGAAGUUUCAGCAAGGCUUCGAAUUUGGUUCUGGACGUAUAAAACAUAUUGGAAAAUCUUGGAAAUCGUGUUCUUUUACUACCAUCCUGGCGAAGGUAUUGCGAUCCAGAAAGAGAGUUCUCGAUCCCCAAGGUCCAUUUCUUCAGAAAUGGAAUAAGAUAUUUGUGCUUUCGUGCAUUCUUGCUGUGUCAUUGGACCCCCUGUUCUUCUAUGUUCCUAUUAUUGAUGAUCAGCGGAAGUGCCUUGGCUUGGAUAGAAAGAUGGAGAUUACAGCCAGUGUGUUACGUUCCUUCACAGAUAUCUUUUACAUCCUGCAUAUCAUCUUUCAAUUCAGCACAGGCUUCAUUGCACCAGAUUCUCGAGUGUUCGGAAGAGGUGUUUUAGUUGAAGAUACAUUGGCUAUAGCAAAGAAGUACAUAGCUUCGUACUUUCUAAUUGACAUUCUCGCGCUCCUUCCUCUUCCCCAGGUUGUGAUUUUGAUUGUUAUUCCAAAACUGAGGGGUUCGAGAUCCUUGAAUACGAAGAACUUAUUGAAAUUUAUAGUUUUCUUUCAAUACAUCCCAAGGGUUCUUCGUAUAUACCCAUUGUACAAAGAAGUAACAAGAAGUUCAGGCAUCCUCACAGAGACUGCAUGGGCUGGAGCCGCGUUUAAUCUUAUCCUGUAUAUGCUUGCUAGUCAUGUUAUGGGUGCCUUUUGGUACUUAUCCUCAAUAGAACGAGAGACCACAUGCUGGCAGCAAGCAUGUCAUCAAAAUGUAUGCAACAGUGUUUCUCUGUAUUGUGAUCACCCUAACCAGACAGUCAAUGCAUUCCUCGAUACUUCUUGCCCUAUACAGACACCAAAUACUACUUUAUUUGAUUUUGGAAUAUACCUGAAUGCCCUUCAAGCUCGUGUUGUGGAGUCAACCGAUUUUCCACAGAAAUUCUUUUUUUGCUUUUGGUGGGGACUGCAGAAUCUGAGUUCUCUUGGUCAAAACCUUAAGACAAGUACAUAUGUCUGGGAAAUCUGCUUUGCAGUUUUCAUUGCCAUCGCUGGCUUGGUGUUGUUUUCUCUUCUCAUUGGAAAUAUGCAGACAUAUUUGCAAUCAACGACGACAAGAUUGGAGGAGAUGAGAGUGAAAAGAAGAGAUGCGGAGCAGUGGAUGACCCACCGUCUGCUGCCUGAGAAUUUGAAAGACAGGAUUAGGAGGUACGAACACUACAAAUGGCAGGAAACCAGAGGUGUUGAUGAAGACAAUCUACUACGCAAUCUACCCAAGGAUCUUAGAAGGGACAUCAAAUGCCAUCUCUGUUUGGCUCUUCUCAUGAGAGUGCCAAUAUUUGAGAAAAUGGAUGACCAACUGUUAGAUGCAAUGUGCGACCGUCUUAAGCCAGUUCUUUACACGGAGGACAGCUAUAUCGUUCGGGAAGGGGACCCAGUUGAUGUGAUGCUCUUUAUCAUGCGAGGCAGGCUAUUGACCACAACGACCAAUGGUGGGAGGACGGGAUUUUUCAACUUGGAAUAUCUCAAAGCUGGUGACUUUUGUGGAGAAGAACUUCUCACAUGGGCACUUGACCCUCAUUCCUCGGCGAACCUCCCGAUCUCGACAAGAACAGUCCAAGCCUUAACAGAAGUGGAAGCUUUUGCCCUGAUCGCUGAUGACCUUAAGUUUGUCGCCUCUCAAUUCCGGCGGCUUCACAGCAAGCAGCUACGACACACUUUCAGGUUUUACUCACAGCAGUGGAGGACAUGGGCAGCUUGUUUUAUACAAGCCGCGUGGAGACGUUACACGAGAAAGAAGCUGGAAGAGUCUCUUCAAGAGGAGGAGAACAGGUUACAGGAUGCUCUGGCGAAAGGUGGUGGGAGCUCACCAAGUUUAGGUGCCACCAUCUAUGCAUCCCGUUUUGCAGCAAAUGCCCUUCGUGUCUUACGAAGUAAAGGGUCGAGGAAGGCAAGGAUGCCAGAGAGAAUACCUCCAAUGCUACUUCAGAAGCCGGCAGAGCCCGACUUUACUGCUGAAGAGCAAUAGUUGGUAGUAUUCAGUCAUUUAUGUGAUGCUGCUGUAUAGAAAUGAAAAUUUCAUUGCAUUAGAGCACUGUCGCCUCGCUUGCAUAGGUCUGUGUAUACGUCUUUUUGGUAUUUUAAAUGCGGUCACUGCUGCCGUUAUUCGUUGUAUGGAAUUAAGACAGGUGAUCAAACCGAAUUCUGUGCAAUCAAUCUGAACUUUAUUUCGCAGUGAAAAAAAAAAAAUCGGUGAGAUUUAU